CAGAGUGUUUUGGUGCAGCCAGUGCAGUGUCAGGAGGGGACAGCAGGUCCGGCUGGCAAUGAAGGGACAUCUCUCCACUCAGCUGUUUUGGUUUCUUCUCUUUGUUCAGGACACCAUGGGUGCUGAUGAGCUGAGGCUGGUGAAUGGAAGCAGCCGCUGUGCCGGGAGAGUGGAGGUUAAACACCAGGAUCAGUGGGGGACGGUGUGUGAUAAUGACUGGGACAUGGCAGAUGCUGAGGUGGUUUGUAAGCAGCUGGGAUGUGGAUCUGCUGUCAGCGCCCAUGCCUGGGCUCAUUUUGGAGAAGGAUCUGGACCAACUUGGCUGAUUCUAGCUGAUUGUGAUGGUGACGAGUCAGCUCUCUGGGACUGCAGACAUAUAGGAUGGGGUGCAGCCAAUUGCUCUCAUAUUGCUGAUACUGGAGUGAUCUGCUCAGGUCUCAUUAAGGUCCGGCUGGUUGGAGGGGACACUGCCUGCUCGGGACGUGUUGAAGUCAAACAUGAAAAAGUGUGGGAGACAGUCAGUGAUUCACACUUGGAUUUCAACACCGCUUCUGUUAUCUGCAAUGAAUUAGGGUGUGGACAGGCUGUAGCCACCUUGGGAGCAGCUCACUUUGGAGAAGGACAUGAUCUGAUCUGGAAGGAAGAGUUCCAGUGUGUGGGGAAUGAGUCUCUCCUUCAGAAAUGUCCCAGGAUGUCCCAUCCUAAUGACACAUGCUCCCAUGCUAAUGAUGUCGGCAUAUUGUGCUCAGGGUACGCCGGGUACAGGCUGGCAAAUGGCAGCACAGGGUGUUCGGGGAGAGUGGAGCUUCGCCACGGAGGCACCUGGGGAACCCUCUGUGACUCCCACUGGGAUUUGCAGGCUGCCCACACCCUCUGCCAGCAGCUUGACUGUGGAUUCGCCCUGUCGAUGCCAGCAGGGCAGCUCUUUGGCACAGGAGAUGGGCCUGUCUGGAACGGCACAUUUGGCUGUGAGAGGAACGAAUCCCGCCUGAGGGACUGUCCUGUUACUGCACUGGGCACAACUGAGUGUCCCCCUGGGAGCGAAGCCAGUGUGGUGUGUUCAGGAAAUGAGACUCAUCUGACUCUCUGUGACAACUACACAUCUGAGGCAACCCAGGCAGGAAUUGCUGAGGAUGUUGGUGUUGUUUGCUCAGGGAGCAGGCGGAUCAGACUGGUGAAUGGGACAGGUCGCUGUGCCGGGAGAGUGGAGAUUUAUUACAAUGGCAGCUGGGGGACAGUCUGUGAUGAUUUCUGGGAUCUGUCAGACUCCAAUGUCGUCUGCAAACAACUGGGAUGUGGACAUGCCAUCAAUGCAACUGUCUCUGCUCAUUAUGGGGAAGGAUCUGGGCAGAUCUGGCUGGAUGAUGUGAACUGCUCUGGGAAUGAAUCCGAUCUCUGGGCGUGUCCUUCCAGGGGCUGGGGCCAGCACAACUGCAGACACAAAGAGGAUGCUGGAGUUCUCUGCUCAGAAUUCACAGAUCUGAGGCUGGUGAGCGACAGUGACUGUGCUGGGCGGCUGGAGGUUUUCUACAAUGGGACGUGGGGCAGUGUUUGCUACAAUGGGAUGCCUGCAGUCACCGCAACAAUUGUCUGCAAGCAGUUGAAUUGUGGGGACAGAGGGCAGCUUGCAGGAGACUUUGCAUAUGGAGAAGGUUCUGGUCCCACGUGGCUGGACCAUGUUGCAUGCAGUGAGCAGCACAGCUCCAUCUGGCAGUGCCCAUCAGACAUGUGGAAACAGCAGUCUUGUAAUAACCGCGCAGAAGAGACCCAUAUUUCUUGCAGUGGGUCCCAGCUGCUGGCCCCGCUCUCCGUUACUGGUCCCGCACAUGGGGUCCUGCUGCUGGCCCCACAAGCAGGGCUCUGCUCCCACUCCCAGCUAUGA